UGUUAUGUCCUGCAGCACGCGUGGUAGGUUUCAUACACAACAGUUUGUUUACUUAUUUUGUCUCAAACUGUAUUGAUUCUGGAUUGUAGAUAAAUUCUGUCAGCCGUCUCUUAACAGGAUUUGAUACAAACAACAAAUCCCUCUUUUUCUAAAUGCAGAUAGAAAGUUACUUCCAAAGGCUGCACUUUAAACUGGUUACUGGCUUAUCAUUAUUUGAAGAUCACAGAGGCUGAAGGUGGGACACACAACAGAGGAAACUGACUGCAGGGAGAAGGCAAAGCAGCAGAAUUUGUGUGUUACAAAUGCGAGACCAGAGCAGUGAUAUGGGGGGCACAGACGGAGACUGGAGUUAUUCUGCCAGGAGGAUGAAGUCUUGAUCUGUGUCCUGUGUGUUCCCAGACAUUCCAGCCACAGUGUUGUGUUCCUGCACGAGAUAGUCACUAUGUAUAAGGACAAGAUGAAAACAUCUUUAAUAGCUCCAGAAUUCAAAGUGAAAGAUUUAAAAUGCGUGCAAAACCAGAAGGAAAAGUAAAGCAUGGAGAGACCAGAAGACACGAUUAGUUCGGAAUUAUAUAAUAGAGAAGAAUGUACAAAAUUGCAUCAGCUUCUCCAACACAGGGAACAGAAAUUCAUCCAGCACGUUAAGCAAGAAGAACCAAACAUUCUGAAAGAAACUGAAGAAAGCCUUCAAAGUAUUAAAUAUGACACUGUUUUCUUCCCUGUGAUAGUGGUUGAUGGUAACUUGGAAAUCAAGAGUAAAGUAACAGAAGAAAAGACUCUGAAAAAGACAGUAGAAAAGUUUAAAUCUGUUGAAGAAGAUGUUAAGACCACUAACACACAUGACAGUUACUUGGAGCUUAGGCAGCAGACGUCUGCUACUGUACUAACAGUGCCAGAAUCCUUUGAAGAUGUUGCUGUUGUUUUCUCAGCAGAGGAGUGGAAGAUGUUAAAAAAACAAAAUAAAGAACUUCACCGGGAUGUGAUGGUACAAAACUAUGAAAACAUGAUUUCAGUAGGAUACAAAAUCCCUCAAAGGAAAUUAUUACUACUAUUCAGCGUGGAUGAUGAACUACCAAAGAUUGUUUUAGAAAGAAGAAAUGUCACAGAACAGAAGGGUGAUCUUCAUGAUACCCUCCAGAAUGUUCGAAGCACAGAGUACAGUAUGAGCGCUAGGCGGCAGUCAUCAUUUGAGAGAUCCCAGUUACAAUACCCAACAGAGAUCCAGCAACAGUGUGCCCAGCCUUUGGUGGUCUGCGACAAGUUUCAUCUCACUCGUGUACCACAGGUUAACUCAGGAAAUAACUGCAGGAAGACUUCUCGAUGUGACACAAAUCCAAUAUCUCACCCAGGCAAGAAACCCUAUAAAUGUACUGAAUGCAAUAAGUCAUAUACGUGCACCAGAAGCCUCAAAAGCCAUCAAGCCAUUCAUGCAGGAAACAAACCAUAUAAAUGUGCUCAGUGCAGUAAGUCCUUCAUAAAUUCUGGCAAUCUUCGAACACAUCUUGUAAGUCACACAGGAAUUAAACCAUAUAAAUGUGCUGAAUGCGAUAGGUGUUUCACACAAAAGGGACAGCUUAUAAACCAUCAGUACUCUCAUACAGGGAUUAAGCCAUAUAAAUGUACUGAUUGUAAUAAGUGUUUUACAAAAAAGAGAUCCUUAAUAGACCAUCAAUACACCCACACAGGGAUUAAACCAUUUAAAUGUGCUGAAUGUGAUAAGUGUUUUAUACAAAAGAGAGACCUAAUGCGCCAUCGGUACUGUCAUGGAGGGAUUAAGUCAUUUAAAUGUACUGAAUGUGAUAAAUAUUUUAUACAAAACAGAGACCUAUUACACCAUAUGUACUCUCACACUGAUAUUAAACCAUAUAAAUGCGCUGAAUGUGAUAAAUGUUUUACACAAAAGAGAUCCCUAAUACAGCAUCUGUACUCCCACAAAGAGAUUAAACCAUUUAAAUGUGCUGAAUGUGAUAAGUGUUUUACACAAAAGCCACAGUUCAAAUUCCAUCAGAAUACACACACAGGGAAUAAACCUUAUAGGUGUGCUGAAUGCAGUAAGGCUUUCACAAGUCCCAGGUAUCUUCAAAGUCAUCUUGCUUCUCACACAGACAUGAAACCGUAUAAAUGUGCUGAGUGCAACAAGUGCUUCAAGUAUCCCAAUAGCCUUCAACGGCAUAAUGCUGUUCAUUCAGCAGUGAAACCAUAUAAAUGUGCUGAAUGUGGUAAGUGUUUUAGACAAAAACAUAAUCUAACACAUCAUCAGUACUCUCACUCAGGAAUUAAACCAUAUAAAUGUACUGAUUGUAAGAAGUGUUUUAUACGAAAGAGAGACCUAAUAAACCAUCAGUACACCCACACAGGGAUUAAACCAUUUAAAUGUGUUGAAUGUGAUAAGUGUUUUAUACAAAAGUCAAACCUAAAACACCACCAGUACUCUCACAAAGGGAUUAAAUAAAUGUAUUAUAAAGCAGCCUGAGCAGGAGGGAAUGUAUAAAUAUUUGGGAAUAG